AUGCAUCUCUUUCUCAUCCGCCAUGGUGAGACCGAACACAACGUGGCUGGUCUUCUUGCUGGUGUUUCUGAUUCCAGGUUGACAAACCACGGUGUGCUGCAAACUCAGCGACUCGGACGCUACCUCACAUCCCACCGCAACUUGAGAUUCACCCAAAUUUACGCCUCGGAUUUGCAGCGAGCCUUUAUGACCGCCAACGAGCUACAAAGGCAGCAGGCGCUACGGUACCCCGUCGGCCAAGUACCUGUAGUGGUCCAACUCGAACUGCUCAGAGAACAGGACUUUGGGUCUUUAGAGCUCGUGCCGUGGUCGUCGAGGAGGGCGCAAAAUACCUUGAACCCCAGCGUACCUGGUCCCACAGAUCCAUCAUUUCGACCACAGGAAACAGCGGGGGCUAUGUCGGAUAGGGCUGAAGCGUUCCUGGCUGAUUUCAUCCUUCCUCUCUUUGCCGCCGCCACUGAUACUUCAAGUCCUGCCCAGGAAUGUGUGGCCGUUGUGUCUCACGGACUUUUUCUGUCUGUAUUGUGGCAAACGCUUCUGCGCAAAUUCGAUGCUGGUCGCGUGGUCCUCGGCCCAAAUAUCGAGGUUCCAAGCUACAGUCGACCUCUGGAGUAUUUACCAUCAUGGGCUAACACCGGAUUUCUAGAGGUUACCAUUGAUAGUCGAAUAGAUGACAUUGCUGCGGCCAUCUCCGGGCCUGUCAUGAAGGAUCAGGUCCUGUCACCUCUCAGCGGUUUCUCGAUGACGGUUCACAGUGUCAACAACAAAGACCAUCUGCUCGAUCUCAAGCGUGCACGUGGGGGAUUGGGAUCCGUUGCUUAUGAUGCUAAGCAGCGGAGCCUUGAUGGGUUUUUCCAGCGACCGAAGUAA